CAGUUUGACUUCAACAUUGACCAGAAAGGAGAGAAAUGAAGCUUUAUACUCUGCUGCUGUCGAUCGCCCUCAGCUGCGGCUGCUCUGCCAAAGAUCCUCCUGGUCCUCCAUCGAUCCGUCUGAACUCUGACUUCCUGCCGAACCAAACCGAGGUGGUCCUGACCGCCGGCGCCAACUUCAGCCUCAGUUGUCAUGGUAACGGUAUUGUCCGUUGGUCCAGUACUGCGUUCCGUCUGCUGUACGAUGACAGACUGAAGGAUCUGGUGGAGGUACGGAGGGCGGACCCCAGACACACCGGGACGUACCGCUGUGGGUACACCAACCAGAGCCUGGAACACCUGGACACCUGGAUUCACCUGUAUGUCAAAGACCCGGCUGACCCCUCCAGUGUGUUCGUCACUCCUCGCAGCAGCAUCCCUGCCCUCAAGGAAGGCCAGGACUUCUUGUUCAGGUGUCUGCUGACCGACCCGUCAGUCACAAACCUCACCCUCCAAUCAGAGGACCGAAUUGGGGGUAGGGGGCGGGACCUGCCCCACGGCAUGAUUGUGACCUUUGACCCCCAGAAAGGAGCCCUGAUCAGAGAUUUGCAGAUGUCGUUUAAAGGACACUACGUUUGUUCAGGCUGGAAGGACGGACGGCAGUUCAGAUCCAGACCUGGCAACCUGGUGGUGGUCCACAGGCUGCGUGGGCCUCCCUGUCUGUCUGUCAGUCAGGGUGAACUGGUCCGUCUGGAAGGAGAGCACUUUGAAGUCACCUGUGUGACUAGUAACCCCACCCAUUUGUACAACGUCACCUGGACGGGCCCAAACUCAGAGAGACUGAAGGUCCGUGUCAGCCAAGACUAUAUCAAAAAACACGUGUACAAAAACAGCACUGUGAGAGUGUCUGCUGUCAACCUGACUCACAGUGGAAUCUACACCUGUACUGCUGUCAAUGAGGCUGGGGUCGCCAUGGCAACCACACAUCUCAGAGUUGUGGACGCUCCCUUCCUGAGGAUUUACCUGCAGCAGAUGCCGCGUGCUAACGCUAACGCCAAGACCAUACAGGCCAAGGGUGACCUGGUUGCUAACCGUAGUAGCAUGCUAUUAGAGGAGCAAGGAGAGCUAGAAGCUAACAUUAGCAGCGGUUCACUGGAAGUGAACAGGGAAUUAAUUGUUAACGUCAGCACCAAGACACUGGAUGUGAAUGGAGCUAGCAGUGCUAACGUUAGUGGUAGCAGCACAGUGGAGGUGUAUGAAGGCCGAGAUAUGAUGCUGACCUUUGUGACAGAGUCAUACCCUCCAAUCAGGAAGCAGCACUGGACGACACCAUCAAAGAUCAACAACACGGUGUACGAGGAGAGCUACGCUGCUAAUGGCCACAGGUCAGAGGCGAGCUUGCUGCUGCGGCGGGUUCGCCAGGAGGAUCGCGGUCGUUACUCGUUCCACUUCUUUAACUCGUUCUUCAGUGGUUUGCAUAACAUCGACCUCCGAAUUUACCGUUUUCCGAGUGCCGUCAUCAGUUUGGAGAACAACACUCUGACCUGCAGCAGCUCUGGAUAUCCACUACCCCAAAUCCUCUGGUACACCUGCCCCGGGUUCCAGGACACGUGUGGAGAUGUCUCAACCAAUCAGGUUCUUCCAGCUGAUGUGACCUCACAGGAGGAGGAAGAGGAAGUCAGGAACCAUCUGAGCCUCCCUCUGUCACCUGCUGGUGAUGUCACCGUGGAGUGUGUGGCCUACAACCACAUGGGAGUGUCUCACAAAGUCUUCCAUCCUCGUUCUGCUGGAGAACCUCAGACGGCUCUGAUUGGAGCUCUGAGUGCCGCUGCCGUCCUCCUCCUGCUCCUAUUGGUCGUCUUUUAUAAGUGGAGACAGAAACCCAGAUAUGAGAUUCGCUGGAAGAUUAUCGAGAGCACCGACGGAAACAACUACACCUUCAUUGACCCCACCCAGCUGCCGUACAACUACAAGUGGGAGUUUCCUCGAGACAAACUCCGCCUCGGUGCUGUUUUGGGUUCGGGGGCAUUCGGGAAGGUCGUCGAGGCGACGGCGUACGGUCUGAGAACCGACAAUGACAUCACACGGGUUGCUGUCAAGAUGCUCAAACCGAGCGCUCACUCUGAGGAACGGGAAGCUCUGAUGACAGAGCUUAAGAUCCUCAGCCAUCUUGGUUACCAUGACAACAUCGUCAACCUGCUGGGCGCAUGCACUCAAGGAGGCCCCAUGUUGAUGAUCACAGAGUACUGUAGCCAUGGCGACCUGCUCAACUUCCUGCGGGCUCACGCUCAGGACUUCAUGGCCUCCAUUUUGAGCGUGGAUGAAGUGACAGGAGAGGCUUUCUAUAAGAACGUGGCCGGCCAGCACGCCAGACUCAGGAGUGACAGUGGGAUCUCUUGCUGCUCAGAGUAUCAGGAGAUGCAUCCAGUUCUGAGUCCAGGACAAACACACCUGGGUAAACACCUGAACUCACCUGCUAUGUUGCGUACCAAUGGCCAGAAUCUCCACUCACUGUCCCCACCUGUUCUGGUCCACCUGGGUCCGAUCCCUCUUAGUGGUAUCACCGAGACGUUGGCAGCCGGCGGGAGGAAUGUUCCUGGCUGGACUGAUCAUCGUGGUUGCCAAAGAUCUGGUGACUGUCGUUGUUUGGCCCGGAGAGCAUCCGCUCUGUCUUUGGGCUCGUGCUUCCUGGCUUUUAAGUGGAUGGGCUCCAGAGGGUAUCUUCAUGCGUGCUACGACGCUCGCAGAGCGAACCUGCGGGAGUGUGUGGCGCUGUGUGAGGUCGAAAGUGCUCGAAGUGAUGUGAGCUGGUGGAGAAAAAAGCUGCGGGGGCCUGUGGUGUACGUCCGGAAACCAGCGAAAUGA